CCCCAGCCAAUGCUCAGGGCUGCUGGGUUAGGGAUCCUGCUUUCCGCAAGUUGCUAAAAUAAUUUCAUAGACUAAGCUGGGUCCCGGGAGCUGGUGGUUGUUAUCAUCAUCAUCAUCAUUAUUGUUUCUAUCUGUAGAGCAGGCCGUGGUGACUGACGCCAUGCAGCGUUCGAAAAAGCUUGGGUCUCCGCCCGCUUCGAGCCACUGUGAGUGCGUGAAACCGACUCUAGAAACAGGUAAUAUUUUAACUGAACCAAUUGGUUACAUAGAGUCAUGUUUCUCAGCUAAGAAUGGUACACCGAGACAACCAACCAUUUGCAGUUUGUCACGUGCUUGUUUGAGGAUAAGAAAAAGUGUCUUUAACAAUCCUGAACAUUCUGUAAUGGGCUUAGAACAGUUUUCACAUGUUUGGAUUUUGUUUGUUUUUCAUAAAAAUGGUCAUUUGAGUUGUAAGGCAAAAGUGCAGCCUCCUCGGUUGAAUGGUACCAAGACUGGAAUUUUCUCCACGAGGAGUCCCCACCGUCCUAAUGCCAUUGGACUUACUCUUGCCAAACUGGACAGAGUAGAAGGAGGAGCCAUAUAUCUCUCUGGAAUUGACAUGAUAAAUGGCACACCUGUUCUGGACAUAAAACCAUAUAUAGCUGACUAUGAUUCACCACAGUAUCUAAUUUACCCCUUAGAUGAGCUCAGUUUACAAGAAAGGGAACAGAAACAGAAAGAUUUGCCUUGCUCGAUUAACAUGGCUGGUAAUAAUGAGCAGGAGCAGAGAACUGAGGACUUCAGGCCUCAGUAUCACAGUACAGAGGAGAAACUCCCUGCAGACCAAACGGCAAAAGAAAAAUAUUUGAAAGAUAAAGACUCAAAGGUGCAACACCUGCUACAUAAGUUCAAGAGCACAACAGCAGAUUGCAUUGUAGAAACAGGAGUAAAUCAGAAUUCAGGUAGUGAUGUAGUAGGACAGAUUGGCCUGCAUCAGCCAAUGGAAUGUAUAAAUAAUAGUUUAAACAUGGUGGAAGGAGAUACAAUUAUGCAAGAAAACUUGGAGACUCAGCACCCUUCCAGCAUGGGGGAUGCUGCCCCUGCCAGUUGUGUUGCAUCCUGGGUGAAAGAUUCUCCUGUGACUACUUUAGAAGUCCGGUUUACACCUAAUGCAGAAAUGGACCUUGAACGCUUUAGUUUGGAAGACAAUACAGCAGAUGCCAGUAUCACUUCAUUUAAAUAUUUUCGAUCAGUGAAAGAGGCAAAGUGUGCCAUUAUUGCUGUAUUAGCUGCUGAUCCCCGUUCUGUGUAUAGAAGGAAACAUUGCCAAGACCGUCUUUUCUACUUUUCAAUGGACACUGCACAUAUUACUUGCUGGUUUGGUGAUGGGUUUGCAGAAGUGCUCAGGAUAAAACAUACUGACACUGUUGAGAACACAGACUGGCAGUGUUCAUUACAGUCAGCUCCAUCUUAAGUAAUACAGAACAGAGAAGAGAAGGAAGCUGAGAACAGAGACAACAAACUAUGAUGUACAGAAGCAAAGGAAGAGAUCCUGAGAGAGAACAGGAACUUGUUAACAAAUGGAGAACUCAAAUUUCUUGAGUGGAUGAACCAACCUCAUCUCUUUUCAGUGAUAACUAAGCUAUAAAUUUUUUGAGGACAGAGAUCUGUGCCUAUUACUACCUAUAUAUUGUUCUAGGCUCAAACUAGGUAUCCAAUUAAUGUACACCUAGAAAUGACAAAUGAGGGCAAAUCUGUUCUCUUGCAAGAGAAAAUGAAUUAAAACUUCAACAAGAGAGAAGGAAGUCACGAGUUUGGCAAAACUUUCCACAAAGUAGAUUUUGCACCUUGAAAAGAAAAAAAAAAUCAGACCUCACCAUAAGUAGGUUGUUGCUGAAAGUGACUAGAAAAUAAAGAUAUGAAGUCUUGAUCUCUUUAGCAGGGGUCGGCAACCUUUUUGGCCAUGAGAGCCAUA